AUGAGCUUGAUGCCGACAGAUAUCCCGCGCAGUGAAGCGCCGCCCCAGACUUCCAGCCCUGUCGGCCUAAAUCGGACAUGCGAGGGCUGCCGCCAUCGUCGGAUCAAAUGCAUCAUUGCGUCACAAGGCCCGCAGCCAAAUCAGAAGAAAUGCACGAGGUGUAUGAAGCUCGACAUCGACUGUGUUUUCCUUCCUCCUGCCAUCAAGAAGACGCGCCGGAGAAACGAAACAAGGAUCAAAGAACUUGAACGCAAGUUCCAGCAGAUCCAGCAGAGCAUCAGCGAACCACGAAGCGCGCCUCUUGUCUCGCUCUCUGGUCCAAAUGGAGACGCCGAUACGCAGUUCUCCGCACCUUCGAAUGGCCGAUCCCCGGCAACAACACCCAGCACUCUUGACUCGCUGCUGCUGACACCUUCGCCCGAUGAUGCGACAGCAGACCCAGUUUCGAGAGGGCUUCUCAGUCAUAACCAAGCGGAAGGACUGUACUGGGCCUUUUGCCACAACUUUGAGCCACUUUAUCCGCUUGUGCAUGUCCCAGAAUCAUUGACGUGUGAGGAAACCCGGAUAACUCGGCCUGCACUCUUUCGAGCAAUUAUCACGGCCGCCUCCAGUAGUACAGAUCCAACACUCUCUCGGGCCUUGUUCCACGACACGGGAAAGUUCCUCGCUGAGAAGGUGGUGGUGUCUGGAGAAAGGUCCUUGGAUCUUGUCCAAGCCCUCCUUAUCAUGUCCACCUGGCAACAGCCUCCCGAAAAGUUCCAGAGACUCAAGUUCAGCCAGUCUUCACAGUUGGCAGCAACAAUGGUUAUGGAUCUGCAGUCAUCGAACGAUGAAAACUACAAAAUUCCCGAUCCUGAAAAUGCCUUUGUUCCAUCAGAUCACUUGAUAGAGACUUGCAGGAGUUUCCUCGCGUGCUAUUUUCUCUGCUCCAGCAUUGCGCUUUCGUUUCGCCGACCAAACGGGCUUCGCUAUGGGGCCUGGGUCGAACGCUCCACGAAGAUCCUUGAGAUGGCUCCAUUCCUUCAUCCGAACGACCGUCGGCUCCUCGCCUGGGCCAGACUGCAACGAAUCGCUGAAGAGAGUUUAACAAUGGUCGGGUUUGAUGAAGGAAUGGCUGUAGAUUUCUCCGACACUCGUACACGCUUCAUCCUGAGGAACUGUGCUCAGGCGGUGACCAAGUGGAGACAGUCAAUUCCAGAAGAUAUCAUGUAUGGACCGCUUGAGAUACACUACCAGAUGAUUCUCGUCAGUCUCGAUGAGCCUGCACUCUACGGUGGCCACGAAAUUGCCGACUUUCGCCCUCCGUACGUGAUACGGUCACUGCCAUUGGCAAAGAAGCCGCAAAGCGCAGAUCGGAUGAAUGUCAUUGGCGCCAUCACCAAAUGUGCCGUGUCGGCCCAACAACUCAUCACGGCGUUCAUCAACCUCCCCGUCGAGGUCCUUCGAUCAGCUCCAGUCAUUACCUACACGAGAAUGUCUUACGCCGUGAUCGUGUUGAUCAAGGUUUACGUAUCGACGCAGAGGAAUGACGACAGAGAAAAUUCCCUCCUUGAUGAAGAAUGGACCCCGAAGCAUUUCCUCGUUCGGAUAUUGGAGAAACUGGAAUUGGCUGCAGGUCAGCAACGCCUUGAUAUUUCAGUGACUUUCAGUUGUGUCCUCGCCAACUUGGCCAGAUGGUGUGCUAGCAACCUGGACCAGAACGGCCUCUCCGGCCAGUUCAUUGAGCCCAUGAUGCACCUACCGGGCAAGACUACCAACAGUGACACAGGCAGUGUCAAUAGUGACCCGAAUCAUCUGAUGGUUCCUGGCUCUCUGUAUCCCACUCCCAGUGAGCCAGUGGCACAAGGAGCCGCUUUCCAGUCCUGGUCAAAUAUGGAGGACUUUUCAUUGCUCGGAGAUCUAUAUCUUGGCACGUUGGGUUCAAGUCCUGGAUCUGGUAUGGUGAACAGCCUUCCAGAGUUUGACUUUGACAGAUGGGACAUGGGCAGCAGCUCGAGUUGA